AUGCUAAAAUUUUCAAUGAUUAAUAUAGAGAAAGGAUUAUAGCAUAGCAUAGCAAACUGCUUAAAAACUAUAAAAUUAAUUAUUAGUUUUGAAUUAAAUUUUCCAAAUACUUUACACAUAAAGAAUUUGUAUUAUUAAUAAUCGUAAAAUUUCAAAAUUAGAUUUAAAUGGUACCUAAAGUUGGAUAGACUGAUUGCUUUUAAAUAUUCUAAAAAUAAAUCUAUUGAAAUUGAAUUUUCAUAUCUCAGAUUUAAAUGUGGAUUUUAGAAUUACAACAAGACAAAAUAAAAUGAAUCAGAAGGAUCAUUCAAAACCUAAUCAUAAAUCUUGUUGACUUUUGCAAAUGACAUAGUACAAAUAAAAGAAAGUAAAGAAUCAAAUGCAAAAAAAAAUUCGUUUCUUUAUUAGCCAGAAGUUAGAAAUACCUUAGAAUAAUAAUUGUAAACAGAAGAAAAUCCAAUACCAAGUAAUAUCUUAAGUAUAAUAUUUCUUCCAAAUACUUUGAUAAAGAUCAAACUGACCUCUAUACUGUUCUUGUUUAAAAAUUAAUUAAGAUAAAGCUCGCAUUUUAAAUUGA